ACAUCCUUUCAACUCAGUAACUAAAAUGAAAUACGUCCACACUGAACAAAUCUUAGAAGUCCCAGAAGGUGUUACUUUGGAAAUCAAGGCCAGAAGCAUCAAGGUCACCGGUCCAAGAGGUGUCUUGAACAAGGACUUGAAGCACAUUGAUGUUACCUUUAGAAAGAUUAACAACAAGCAAAUCAAGAUUAUUGUCCACAACGGUGACAGAAAGCACGUAGCUGCCUUAAGAACUGUGAAGUCUUUGGUCUCUAACUUGAUCACUGGUGUUACCAAGGGUUACAAGUACAAGAUGAGAUACGUAUACGCUCAUUUCCCUAUCAACGUUAACAUUAUUGAAGAAGAAGGUCAAAAAUACGUUGAAAUCAGAAACUUCUUGGGUGAAAAGAGAGUCAGAAAGGUAAAGGUUGUUGACGGUGUUCAAAUCGAACAAUCCGCCAACCAAAAGGAUGAAUUGGUCUUGACCGGUAACUCCUUGGAAGACGUUUCCCAAAACGCUGCCGCUAUCCAACAAAUGUGUUUGGUUAGAAACAAGGAUAUCCGUAAGUUUUUGGAUGGUAUCUAUGUCUCCGAAAGAGGUGUUGUUGUUGAAGAUCUUUAAGUAUGAGGAAGACAAACAAAACAAGUUUUUUUGUUAAUUUUAUCUCCCGAUAGAGUUAUUUUUUUCCCCAAAAAAGGAUAUUCUUGUAUAAUUAACAGGGUAUAGUAUUUUUCAUAAUGGUUUAAAAACAUUGGUUCAAUUCCCCUGUCUCAAUUUUUGGUGGAUACGUUAUUAGUGCUCCCUAUAAUAAAGAGCCAUCAACGAUCCACAUUUGUAAGUUGCGAUGAGAUUCAGGGUUAUAAUUUUUUCAGCUUGGGCAAGUAUUUUUCUUAGUUGUUUGAUUUUUAUAACCUAAUCUUUCUCUCUAUCUCUAUUUUUCACGUUGUUGACGAGUUC